AUGCCUCGGGGGCGGAAGAGUAAGCUCCGUGCCCGUGAGAAGCGCCGCCAGGCCCGGAGGGAGACCCAGCGUCUCGGGGGCGCUGCGGCCGCGGCAGCAGAGAUAGGAGAGUCGCCCUCGUGCCCCGCUUCUGUUUCUCGGGGUGCUCCCCAGCCCCCUGCUGCGGGCACUCGCCAGGAGGCUCGGGGAGCCCCAGCCGCUAGCUCUCGUGCUGCAGGGGUUUCAGGCCCAGAAUCUGAUGUACGUGCCAAGGGCCAGGUUAAGGCAGGGAAACAUCCCUCCCGGGCCUCAACCUCCGGUGAGAGCUCUCACAGAGGUCCUCUAGCCAAGAGGGUGGGAAUGUUGACAGCAUUCCUGCUGGAGAAGUAUAACAUGAAAGAGCCCAUUUUACAGGCAGACAUGCUGAAGCUUGUGAACAAGAGGCGUGUAAGGAAGUUCCCCGAGAUCCUCAGGAGAGCCGCUGAGCGCGUGGCGCUGGUCUGUGGCCUUGACUUGAAGGAAGUCAAGCCGAGUGGUGGUGCCUAUGCCCUUGACAGCAAGCUGGACCUCACCGAUGUCGGCAGCCUGAGGAGCGGCUGGCGGCUUCCGAAGAACGGGCUCCCGAUGCCUCUCCUGGGUGUGAUCUUCUUGAAUGGCGACCGCGCCUCUGAGGAGGAGAUCUGGGAAUUCCUUCGUAUUUUAGGCGUCUGUGAUGGAAAGAAGCAUCCAACCUUCGGGGACCCCAGGAAGCUUAUCACGGAAGAGCUGGUGCAGGAAAAGUACCUGGUGCGCCGUCAGGCGCGCGACCGCGACCCCCCACGCUGUGAGUUCCUGUGGGGCCGCAGAGCCCGUGCUGAAACCAGCGAGAUGAAAGUGCUGGAGUUUGUGGCCAAGGUCACUGGUACCGUCCCCAGUGCCUUUCCAGUCCAUUAUGAAGAGGCUUUGAGAGAUGAGGGAGAGAGAGCCCGAGCAUGGCUGUUGGUAAUGGCUUCAGUUAACUGGGCAAAUAGCAUCAGCGAUCUGAUCUUAGAAACAGCAGUAAGCGAUAGGCGUCGUUCUGGAAUGAACGGCGUGGCUCUGGAAAGCCCGAGCAGGCUCCCUGCCCCGACGCCUGGGGCAGGGUGA